CAGCUGAUUUUACUCUACAUAGCAGACGACCGACUCUUCUUGAAACUUGAAAUCUUAAACAGUUUUUAUUUGAGUCUUGGGAGUGUCAAGUUUAGCUUGUUUUAUUUACGCUUUGGCGGUUAGAGAGACUUUUCUCAAGAAAUUGAUACUGUACUCACAAAGAAUGUUCAGGAGCAAGUGUUACAUAAUGACAGUGUAUAAUAAUCGGUCUCCAAAUUUACAAAACAGUAGUAGUUUUAAAACUUAUUUUAAUAUUUUUUGAACUUAACGUAUACGUAAAAUAACUGCGUGUGAAUUUUACUUUUACAUCACCAAUAUUAUAUGAUGCCGAUCUCAUACGUACUUCGAAAAUGGAAGGUUUGGCUAAGGCCUGUGGUGAUGGCGUGCUAUAUAGUUUUCAUAAUAAUAUACGUUCCUCCGUUUGUCAAGAAGUCAAUUGUCAAAGGUGGCUUCAAGAAGAACGACCCCACUCCGUUGAUUGGCGGGGCUUUUGUGGUACUUGCUGUACCAAUUUCUGUGUGGGAAAUUAUGCAACAUAUGAUACAUUAUUCAAAACCAUAUCUACAAAAACAUAUAAUUAAAAUUCUCUGGAUGGUGCCCAUUUAUGCUCUGAAUGCAUGGCUGGGACUGUUGGAUCCAACAGUGGGAAUCUAUGUAGAUUGCUUCCGCGAAUGCUACGAGGCUUACGUCAUCUACAAUUUUAUGAUAUACCUUUUAAAUUUUUUGAAAUUCGAAAACCGAGAUAGUAAUAGGAAUUUUGAUAAUAAACAACACAAGGAGCUGGUGCUCAAAUGUAAACAUGGUAUCCUUCAGUACUGCGUAGUCCGUCCAGUAACUACAGGCAUAGCUUUUGUGUGUCAUUUAAAAGGCAUUUAUGGCGAUGGGGAAUUCAAGAGCGAUGUCGCCUAUCCUUACAUCAUUAUAAUCAACAACAUUUCUCAGUUUGUCGCCAUGUUCUUCUUGGCUCGAUUCUACAAAGCCAACAGACCCGAAUUGGCGCCCAUGCAUCCUAUUGGAAAAUUCUUCUGCAUCAAAGCUGUUAUUUUCUUCUCAUUCCUCUAUUUGCAGGGCAGAACUCAAUAUGUAUGUGUGGAUGGUAAAAGCUCGGGUACUUUGUCUGUUAAGAGUGGAGUACCUCAGGGCUCGGUCCUGGGUCCUUUGCUCUUUCUUAUUAUGAUUGAUGAUUUGAGCAUCAAUGUCCCAUCGAAAAUAGUCUUAUAUGCAGAUGACACCACAGUUCUCAAUAGGCAUUCAGAUGACACUCAGGCUGUGGCACUUUCUGAAUCUAAUUUGAAGAAUUUUCUGCUGUGUAUAGAGAUGUUCCUAGCAGCAGUUGCUCACAGGUACAGCUUUUCCCAUCGGCCUUAUACCAACGAACAAGUUGAGGAAAAGUCGCUGUGUGACGCUUUUAUCGCCAUGUUGGACUUUUCCGACAUUGGAGCCGAUCUCAAGGAGCAUUUUGGCUUCUAUGGUCGAUCACUGGGUUGGAAGUCGAGGGAUUCGCGGGAAACGACUCCGCUUUUGGCGGGAAGUGGGUCUUCGGAUACUCUGAGAGACGAGUCAGGCUAUCACAGUGUUGAUAACUCACCACACCCUGGCAGAGACACGCCCAUUGUCAUUACAUAAAUCGGAUGAAACGCUGUGUUAUUGAGUAAGGUGAGGUAUCGAAGGAUCUGAUGGAACUGGUGUAUCUCUACUCUUACUCUGUCACUGUGUUGAAGACCAUAUGUGUUGUAGGCCUAUCGUCAGUGUUGUCUUCCAUGUUUGUAAAUUAAUAUUAUGCAAUAGCUUAUAGAUUGAAAAGCACACUCCGAAAUCUCAUUUACAAAAUUCAGUUUCAUAAACUGAACAUUGCUCUGUUAACACUUCUGUGUAACCAAUCGCAUAGAGUAUAAUAUAACUGCUGUGCAUGAUAUUAGUGUAAAGUAUUGUAUUUUCGAAGUGAAAGAAUUCUAAAAUUCUUAUAAAUAAUUAGCAUAAUUUAAUUUGUAGUUUUUUGUAUUUUUUAACUCGAUCCUGAGGAUUAAAAUAAUCCUUAAAUGGGUAAUUUGUAUUUUAAAUAGAUUUUUUUAAAACAUUUUCAGCUUAUUACUAUUUCAAGAAAUACUUUUAUCUAUUAUAUAGAUAAGAAACUUCAUCCAUCUUUCUUCUCCUCUAAGCGCUACAGUCCGGGGUGAACCUUGGCUUUCUCUACAAUUCGCCUCCAUUCCUCUGGCACAACCAUCCACUAUCUUAAGUUGCAAUUACGUUUACGUGAAUAUUGUGCAGAUUUUAAUAAGCAAAAUACGAUUUUUGCCUAUCAAUGGUGGGGGGGGGGGAGUUGGUACCCCCAAAACCCCCCUCGUUACGCCCCUGGACAUUAUGAGCAGUGAUGGUCCAAGCUUCUGACCCAUAUGUAACAAUUGGCCUGAUUAUAGUAUUGUAGAGUUUCACUUUACUUUUCCCUGGAAACUAGCUUUGACCUGAAGAAGUUUGCAUUCGAGUGUUAUGCCUAAAAGCCCUGGCUCAUCCUCUGCUUAAUUUUUUGGCUAAUGUCAUUGUUAAUAUUCAGCGCUGUUUCAUGAUAUCUGAAAGAGUCAACCAUUUUAAAGUAUAGCCAACUACACAGAGGUGAAAUCUGCAUCUUCUGGCAAACGAGAUGGUCAUCUUGAAGUAUUUUUUAUUCUCAUUCACAUUGAGACCUUUUUUGCCCAUCUCUCUCUAGAGUAGAGAAAGUGUCUUUCAGUGUGUUUGUAUUUCGAGCUACCACCAUUCAUUCAUUCAGUCGUAUGGUCCGACGCCAACACCAGCCUUGAAAUUCUUUUCAAAAUAAAAUAAAAUAAUUAUCAGGUCAUAGACACUCGUCUCCAAAACAUAAAAUAUCAGUUCCAGGCCUAGCCUGAAAAUAAUAAUAUUCAGUUCUUCUUCCAGAGUCACUCACAGUUCUAUUCUUAGCUGCUUUAACCAGUCUACAGCUGUUUGUGGCUUCAUGCAGCUCUCUUAGGUCUCGCUCAAAAGAAUGGAUUGGGCAUUUAGCAGUUAUGUGGCUCAUGGUUUGUGUUUGGCCACACUCACACAAAUCUGACUGCUGUAUGCCCCAUCUCUUUUGCUCCUUAACGCAUCGCCCUUUUCCCACACGGAUCCGAUUGAGAGCACUCCACUCUUCCCUCUGGAGAUCAAAUUCAUGCACUCUUUCAGUUGGAUCUUCAACUAGGAAGUUAUUUGUGGUUGCAUCUGGUGCCCACUUCGAUUUCUACCUCUCUUUCAUGUUACCACGCUCCAUAAUCUUUGGGUACAUCUUCCAUAGAAGAUUUCUAGACUUGAGGGUACUUUGUAGAAAGAGUGGGAUGUCAUCAUACAUUGCCGUUUUGGAUUGUGUAGGCACUUUUCCCAUUCUCUCUUCAGGUGCUCUUCUCUGCGAAGCUGUGCUGGGGCUAUAUUGGCUAAAACUGGAAGCCAUGGAACAGGAGUCGGUCUUAUUGUGCCUGAAAUGAUUCUCAAUACACUGUUCAGUUGGGCAUCUGGUUUCUUUGUAUGGGAGCUGUAGAGCCAUACCGGUGAGCAAUACUCAGCUGUUGAAAAAUAAGUGCCAGGGAUGAAAUUCUCAGGCAAUCAGCUCCAGCUCCCUAAUUUAAAUAAAUAAAUAAAUUUGUACCAGCCAGCUUUCUCAUCAGGUUGACUAUGCUACGCAUCUUGCAACUUAACUUUUGAAUAUGGGUCUUGUAUGAAAGGGUCCUAUCAAGGACUACACCCUAGUAUUUAGGGUUGCAAGUAAAGGGUACCGCUUGCCCUCAAAAGUCAACCCUGACCUGUGCUUGUGCCAUGUGAGUAUUGAGAUGGAAAAGGGCACAUUCUGUUUUAUUGGGAUUUGGUACCAACCUCCAUUUUUUCAAGUACUUUUCCAUUGCAGCAAGAUCCCUGUUAAUAAUAUCCACACAGCAUGCUGGAUUUUUGCUUUGGCAUGCUAUGGUAAUAUCAUCUGCAUACUGGAAAAUAUGGCUUUCUAAUGGAGUUAUGUCAUGGACAUACAGGUUGAAGAGUAGUGGGGUCAAUACUGAUCCCUGUGGCAGACCAUCAUUUACAGUCUUCCAACGGCUGUGUUUCCCUCCCAUGUGCACCUUCUGUUGGAUAGAAUUGAAUCGAGAAGAAGAACUAGUCUUCUACAGGGGAUCAUUUGUGAUAGCUUGAGCAAUAAUCCUUCUCUACAAACCGUAUCGUAGGCUGAGGAUAAAUCCAAAAAUACAGCAGCUGUUUAUUGACACCUCUGAAACCCACUCGCGAUGUAAGAUGUUAGGGCCAUUACUUGAUCACAGUAUGAACGGUCUGGUCUGAAACCUGCUUGUUCCCUCGGUAAAACUCUCUCAACCAAUGGUGAAAUGCGGUUGUACAGAAGCCUCUCAAAGAGUUUUUAAGUUACACUAAGGAGUGAUAUUGGCCUGAAGUCUGCAGCUUCAUUCCCAGAUUUCCCUGGUUUUUUGAUACCAACAACUUAGUUUUGAGCUACCACCAAAAUGUACUUGUACUCGGCAUAUGCAUAUACUUGUUUUGACCAGAAUAUCAUAUUUCCUUUUGGGUCAAUACUUUCAAACUGCUUUAUUGAUAUAGGAUACUUUUUAAAAAAAUGAAAGGUCAACGUCAUAUACAACAUACAGUUUCGGAGAAAACAACACAAUUCUUCAAUAGAAAGUCAGUUACAAUACCAAUCUUCAUCACUAUUAAUACAUACAUACAUA